AUGUCGGUGUACUACAUACCAAGAAAAGAAAGAGGAAAGAUUGAGUGGUCAGAGAGUGAGAGUUUGUCUGUUGGCAGUUUCUCACGGGAGCUGAAAUCAAAUGUGUCACAGAUGGCGUGUUACACGCUUGGUUACGCAUACUGGUGUCAGAUUGUGCACAACACAUGCUACAGCUCUCUGAAUAAGAACGAGGAAGAGUUUGUAAAGAGAAGGAAAGACAUCGUUCUAAAAUGCCUUGAGACGCUCGAUAUAAAGUGUAGUCAGCAGGUGCCAAAUAUUGCACUAUUGGGUUCUGGAGGAGGAGAACGAGCCAUGGUGGGUUUACUGGGAUCCCUGGAUCAACUCGGUAAAGCAGGUCUUCUGGACUGUUUCCUCUAUCUGUGUGGAGUCUCUGGAUCUACAUGGUGCAUGGCGUCCUUAUACCAAGAACCGGACUGGACCAGCAAUCUGGAGGCAGUGAAACAAGAAAUCGUGCAGAGACUCAGUGGUGACGGAGUGAGCUGGAGUGAAGCAUUUUCCAAACUGAAGAAAUAUUACUAUGAGAAAGACAUCUUCAGUUUGACAGAUGUUUGGGCAGUGAUGGUCGUCACUUCAUAUGUGAAAGAGAUAGACGAACACACACUCUCAGAGAGGAGCGACCAGAAGAGUAAAGACCCGUAUCCCAUCUACACAGUGAUCGACAAGCGAUGCAAACAGUACCAUGAAGCAGCUCUGUGUGGCAGCGCUCUUGCUGAUGGAGAUGAGAUUUUGAAAUUCCUUUGGGAAAAGAUAAAAGGUUUCUUUUCCCCUGUCAAAUCUACAAAUGUGUUUGCGGAAAUGCAGAAAGAUCCAGGAUCUCCACAUGUGGACAUUGGCUACCAGGUGCUCAUGGAUCUUGUGGACAAGAAUCUGAGUGUUUUGAAUGGCAUCGACCCGUCUCCUUACGAUAAUGCCAUGAGAGCAAACUUGGCAGAACUUUCUGGAGGCAAAUCUCAGCUCAUUUUUAUAAUCGGAGCACCCAAUCUCUCUGACAAAAACGCAGCAAAAUGGUAUAUGAAGCAAUACACAGAGGAUGUAUGCAACAAUUUGAAUGCAUUGAUCAGUUUCUGGCCAUAUGAUUGUUUCAUGAGCAUUUGUAAAUGCAUGGCUGGGUCGAUCUGGGGCAGGAAAUACAACUUUCUCUACAACACCACAGAUGGAUCAGUGCCUUCUGUUCUGCAGACAAGUGAGAUGAGAGACUAUGAGGAUGCUGGACUGUUGCUCAACUCACCGUUCAUCUCAGUGUUGAGAAAAGAGAGAGAGAUUGAUCUCAUUAUUUCUCUGGAUUUCAGCGAUGGUGAUCCUUUCCUGACUGUGACGGAAGCUGCUAAGAAAUGUGAGGAACGAAACAUCCCUUUCCCAAGAAUCAUCCCACCAAGUGAGGACUCUAAAAAUCCGAAGGACUUCUAUGUGUUUGACGGCAAAGGGAACGCUCCAACCGUGAUACACAUUCCACUCUUUAAUACCGUCAACUGUGGAGAUAAACUUGAGGAAAUGAGGAUGAAAUAUAAAACCUUUCAAGGGUCGUACAGUGAAGAGAUGAUCAAUGAGCUCAUGGAGCUUGCUGGGAAAAACAUCACAAAUAACAAAGAGAAACUGGUGGAAUGAGAUUCGUAAAGCAGCCAAAUGAACCAUGAGUUACUGUGUCCAUGUGCUUAAUACAGAUAAUGACAAUCUGAAUAUUGGCUAAACCGAUCAACUAUAUGUGCUCAUUUCACAAGAUAAUAAUGAUUAAUUUCAGGGGCGAUUCUAGGGUCAGAGCUUUAGGGGUGCUGAGCACCCAAUGAGCCCCACUGCCACCACCCACCCUCUUUUCACACAAAAACAAAAAAUAUGUCUAUUGAAAAAUAACUUUAUCAUUUUAACUUUGGUUCAACUAACUCCAAAAUCCAGAUUUUUUUUUUCUUCUUUUUUUUGAGACCUUUUCAGAGCACCAGCUUAAUUGUGAGAGUUCACACAGACAGCCCCCUGUAACAAACACAAAACCUUCUUCACUCCUGACCGUUAACCCCAUGUGCCUCCUUCUGUAUCAACAGUCAUCAGAUCGGUUAGAUUAGAUUCAACUUUAUUGUCAUUGAACAAAGUAACAGGUACUUGGACAACAAAAUGUAAUUCCCUCCCAUCCCUUAUGGACUCUCCCUGUUGUUUUCCUCCUUUUAUUAUGAAGAAAUGUGGUGUAAAAUAAUGUUACAAAAAGUAAAUGUAAUAUAGGCUACUUAAUGCCAAUAAGUUAGUAUAGGAGUAUGAGUAGUUACUGUUCUGCUUGCCACUAUUCACUAUAUGUCAAUUUAUUGUUGUUGUUUCCUCACCUGGUUCUUCCUGCAUCUCCCUUUCUCCUUCUCCAUCUCCCUCUCUUUCCCUUUCCCCUUCUCCAUCUCCCUCUCUUUCCCUUUCUCCUUCUCCCUCUCUUUCCCUUGGCACUGACAA